CAGACGUACAGCGAGCGGGUGGAGGCCUACCAGCAGCGGUACGCCUACAUGAAGUCCUGGGCAGGGCUGCUCCGGAUCCUCUGCGUGGCAGAGCUGAUGCUGGGCGCCGCCGUCUUCGCCUGCGUGACGGCCUACGUGCACAAGGACAACGAGUGGUACCACAUGUUCGGGUACUCGCAGCCCUACGGCUACGGGGCGGGCAGUGCCUACGGGGGCUACUCCUACAGCGGGCCCAAGACGCCGUUCAUCCUGGUGGUGGCGGGGAUGGCGUGGAUAGUCACGAUAGUGCUGCUGGUGCUGGGCAUGUCGAUGUACUACCGGACCAUCCUCCUCGAUUCCAGCUGGUGGCCGCUGACCGAGUUCGGAGUUAACGUGGCCUUGUUCUUUCUGUACAUGGCGGCUGCCAUCGUGUACGUGAACGAUACCAACCGAGGUGGGCUCUGCUAUUACCAGUUGUUUAAGACGCCGAUAAAUGCAUCUUUUUGUCGUGUAGAGGGAGGUCAGACAGCAGCAAUCAUCUUUUUGUUUGUCACGGUGAUCAUCUAUCUAAUCAGUGCGGUGGUUUGUCUAAAGCUGUGGAGGCAUGAAGGAGCCAGGAGGCACAGGGAAUUAAUGGAGCGAGAGAUGAAAACACAGUCCUCUUUUCCAGAAAAGAAGUAUGAAAGUGAUGACAGACCAAGAGAAGAGGUCACUUACAAGCAGUUUAAAUCAGUGGAAGGAAAACCAGAACUACUUAAUGGUCAUAUACCAGCAGGCCACAUUCCCAAACCUAUAGUGAUGCCAGACUACUUAGCGAAAUAUCCAGCAAUUCAAACAAAUGAAAUGCGAGACCGGUACAAAGCAGUAUUCAAUGAUCAGUUUGCUGAGUAUAAAGAACUGUCUGUGGAAGUUCAUGCUGUAUUAAAAAAGUUUGAUGAGCUGGAUGCAUUGAUGAGACAGCUUCCUCACCAUCCUGAAAGCGUAUAUGAACAGGAAAGGAUAUCAAAAGUUCUGCAAGAAUACAAGAAGAAGAAACAUGAUCCUGCAUUUCUGGAGAAAAAGGAGCGUUGUGAAUACCUAAAGAAUAAGCUUUCUCACAUAAAACAACGAAUUCAGGACUAUGAUAAAGUUAUGAAUUGGAAUGUAGAAACUUAG